UGGUAGAGGGAAGUUGUUGUCAUGGUAUAGUGUGUUGCAGUAGCUGAGCGAGUGAACACGGCUAUUACUCGUAGGCAACCACCACUGCCAAUUUUACAUUAUUAUCUACUAUAAUCUUCAGGUGUGUUCGCAACACGGCAGUGUUCGUAUUGUGUUUGACUUGCAUUUUUUUAUUCCGAUUGUCGUGAAAAAAAACAAGUGACAUUAAGUAUGAAAAUUAAACGGAAAUAUACUCAACAAAUAAAGGUUAUAUUAAAUUUACGAUAGAUGGAACAACAUAUAGGCCUAAUGAAGAUUUUGGCGUUCAUGUAUAUUGUUUUAAUUCCAGAAUAUCAUAAUCGGAUAAAUUAUUUUCAAACAAUUACAGUACACGUGUAUGAUAAUCGCCAUAAUUUGGAGUAAUUACAUGUACUGAGUGUGAAUGUAUAUUUCGUCCGUCUCUCUCUCAUCAGAAGCGUAAACAGUGCGAGUUUCAUAAUCCCCUCCCCUCUCUUCAGUGUAAUUGAACCAAUCGCAUCAUCAGUAAUUGGCUGUCGUUUAUAUUCCGAAUUAAUGAGACCUAUUAUUGUGGUUUUGUGAAGUUGUUUUUAUUAUCGUUGUUAAAUACAGCUGUGUGGAUUAUUUAUUUAUAUUUUUUUAAUCGUAAUUAAGUGAAUUCUUUAAUGGAGACAUCUAAAUUACAUGGACGUCAGUGAAACUGAUUGUUUGCAAAUGUGACUUGGAUUAAUUCGGAUUAUGAAGUGAAGACAACUAAAUAUAGCAUUUUGUUACAUUAACGUUUGGAAUAUUAAGGCGAAGAAUAUAUUCCUUCCAACUUGUUUUUUAAGUUGUGUUGAAAGAAGAAUAUUUUAUGUCAGUGCAGUAAAAUACAUACUCGACGUACACAAAGUGACAACGGCUUUUUGGAUUUGUUUAGAUACUUAAAUAUUUUAAAGAGAUAUUAAGAUGGUGUUUCCAGCUGUCACGUAAUUUAUGUGUGCAGCGUAGUCGGACCCAACGACUGCCGUGAGGUGCUGUGUGACAGUCCACUGAAAGUUUUACCCAGUGUUUAUUUACAAGAAACUUGUGUGCCUCCCCACGAUGAGGUAGCAGCGUUCACAGCAAGGGGCAUUGUUCACACUGGACAUUGUAGCCCGGUUUAUUUUCCUAACUCUGCCUUUGUGCCCUCGGAUCUCACACUAGUCGCAACGGCAGGGUUCGGCUUCAACCCCCACCACCCCCAUCACCAUCAUCCCUUUUCAUCUCCAUCUUCCACCCCAGCAACCCCUACUUCGCCAGGUGGUUGCUGGAAGUCGGCGCUAACAAUCAUCCCCACUGUGACGGCUGCAACCGGCACAACGCUGAAUUUUACGGACCUCGGCAGCCCCUUCGGAUCGGGGGGUGGCGCCGGUGGGGGUGGAGGAAGCGGCGGAGGAGGCGGUUCAGGGAACGCCGGAAGUGGAGGCGGUGGUGGAUCAAACACACCGACGCCAACAGGAAGCAUGGCGGCCGCGGACGCUCUCGACAACACCGGGCAUCACCACAAUCACCAUCAUCAUCUGACGAGUGGCGGCGGGUUGCCACCGACGUCGCACCAGGACACGACGACGUCUUCGAACAGUACGACAGCCACGAACACCGGAGGAAGCGUCGCUGGUGUAAACAAAUCCGCGUUUAUCGAACUGCAGCAGCAUGCGGGGGUGACGUACAACCCCAUCAGGGCGGCGGCAGCGGCGGCGUACAGCCAGCAUCACCACCCCGCGGCGCACCACUUCAAUCAGGGAGGGCCCCAACCCGGAGGAGGACCUCCAAGCCAUCACCAUUCUGCCGUGGACCCAGCGGGGUUCGGCAGCCCGCGUACCGCACUAGGGGCCUACCCCUUCCCGCCGAUGCAUCAGAACACCUACACGGGGUACCACCUGGGAUCUUACGCGCCGCAGUGCCCCUCUCCGCCCAAAGACGAUUGGGGAGGGGAAGACACGAGACGUUACGAAAACAAGGCCUCGCUGUACAGCCAUGCGGUUAGCUACUCAGCCUUCAGAUGGAAUGAACUAGGCGUCGCCAGCCCAAACAAAUGUGUGGACGAUGGUUCUCUACGAGUCAAUGGGAAGGGGAAAAAGAUGCGAAAACCGCGGACUAUCUACUCGAGUCUGCAGCUGCAGCAGCUAAACCGGCGGUUCCAGCGCACGCAGUACCUGGCUCUUCCAGAGCGGGCCGAGUUGGCGGCCAGCCUAGGACUCACCCAGACUCAGGUUAAGAUCUGGUUCCAGAACCGAAGAAGCAAGUACAAGAAAAUGAUGAAAGCUGCUCAGCAAACUGUCCCUCAGCCCAACAGUAACAACAACGGAGGGCCCCAGCAACAUGGGCUGUUGCCAAGCAACGCCAGCAACAACAACGCUCCCCACACUCCUGGUACGAUACCAGGAGCCAAUAGCCCGCAGCCUCCAGGAGGUGGCAUCAUAGGGGGAGGUGGAUCAUCUUCAGGAAGCCAGCACAGUCCAGGUGGGUACCUUCCCCACGUUGGACACCAAAACCAACCCCAGACACCGACGCCGUCUUCUACCCCCGUGAGCGACAUGUCGCCUCAACCUCCCCACGGCAUGUCAGGCUCCCCGCCCGUUGUAUCCUGGGACAUGAAGCCUACUGCACCGGCACACCACCCAGCGGCACACCACCCCCACCACCACACACACCCGGGCUACAUGCCUCAGUAUUCGUGGUACCAAGCGGACGCGAACCAAGGACUCCUAACUGUUUGGCCUGCGGUUUAACGAAGAUGAAAAGAAACGAAAACAUAUAAUAAUAUUAUAUAAAUGAAUGAGAGACAAAAUACAUAAGUGUUUAUUUCUCUGUUUAUGUAAAUUGAUAAACAAUCACAGACACUGUGAAGAAAAUUUCUACUAAAAGAGAAGAGACAGCAAUUGUGAUCAUGAAAGUACUAAAAAUAUUUGCAGAAAAUGAGCGUCUGCAGUUAUCGUAAUUACAGUGAUGUUUCCGGUUUCUAAUCAGAGAUGUCUCUAUUAGCUGGACCUGAGUUACCGUCCUACAUUAGAGAUAACGAACAUUCAUAUGAAAUGAGAAUAUAUCCCUGUUUGAUUAGGGAAAUAAUAUUAAAACGAUUUCAAAUGAACGUUUUUACAAAACAAAGAGGUGUAAUAUAAAUACUGUUGUGUCCGUAAGUAAGUAUGUGUGUAUCUAUUUGUACAAACUGAUCAAACACAUUGUGAUUUCAGUUAUUAAGGUAAAUUUUUUUUUAAGUUUGUAUUUAACCGAAGGACGAGAGAAAAGAAAACGUGGAAAGUGAUAUAGGAUAUCUCUGUGCCCAUGUUACUGGAAUGUGAUCCUAUUUAAAUACGGCGCGAUAAUGUCCAGUAGUAUAUAAAUCUUGUUGUUUUUGUUGGUGUAUGUUCUUGAAACAUAUCGAAACACUGAAACUCAUGAACGAUAAAACAACAAUGCCGUUUCCAAUGUUACAGAAAAAUGAAUAUUUUCAAGAAGUGGUAUUAUACACAUAGAUUCAUAUUUUAAUGGUUUCCAAAUAAAAAAAAA